AUGCUCCAAGGAAGUGUGGUCUGCGUCGCCAGGCAACAGUCGCAUCGCCGCUGCCGUGUCGCCAUGGCAACCGAGAAAGAAAGAGGCGCGCGAAAAGCCCGUUCGGUCCAGCCCCUUUCCAUCAGCUUCGGAGCAACCAGCCAAUCAGAGGCUCGGGAGAGUGAGUUGGUCCAAUGGAAACUCGGCGGGAGGUGGCAAAGCGCGCAAGUGCAGAUUGAAAGAGAGAAGGGACUACAUUUCCCAGCACACCCCACUCCCCACCCAGCGGAGUCCAAGGCCCGAGCGACACUCGCGUAGCGCCGGCGAGGAAGGGCUGAGGUAGGUCCUUGCCUGGCAGCAAUAGGCUUUUGUGCCGGAGAGAAGCAAGUAGGUCAGGAAAGCUGUAUUGUCCCUGUUCACCACCACCACCACCUCAGUCCAAGGAAGGCAAAGCGCUUCCUGUGCCAUCUUGGGGCGGAGGGAGCCGUGUCAGCUUCACCUACAAAAUGCCGAAUAUUUUCGGUAUUUAAAUCCUCCUAUCAGCCUCGUAAGGAUUUUCUAGGCAGGUGCUGGUGAGGAAUAACAUGUUCAGAAGUCUUGAAAAUUAUAAAUUAUAUGAAAUAUUUUUUUUUUAAAAAAUCAUAAAGUUUAAUACACCACUUGAUCGCAGAGAAAACUAAACCCUUAAGGUAGUUUAGGGUGCAGGAGAAAACACGUGGCAGUUUGCUGCCGACUUGGUGGAGAAAGGAGAGCAAACAGGUUAAAAUAGAAAAGCAGCGCUUCAUGAACUUGCACCAGGGAUUCAAAAUAAAUAAAACCAGAGCAACAUUAAGGAUGCAGUUCUCUGGACACUUGCUGGGCGGUGCCUGACAUCUCUGCUGCUCACCCAAAUGCCUGAUGGGGAUCAGAGGGGGUUUUGCCAGCCUGUGGAAGGAGGACCUUCUGCGUGUGGACCUUCUGGGGCAGAGUGUUUCAAGCCUUGGCAGCCACUCUGGAAAAGGUCCUGCUGUUUCUGCUGGAUAGCAUAAAGGGAAAUCAAUCGCUUAAAUUUGGGAGUGUGCUGCAUUGGGCACACUUGCAGCAUCCAAGGCUACCAAGCUGAUCAGCUUUAUUCUUAGAGUGUCAUGCAAACACUGAAUGCUCCAGAGACCCAGCCAACACCUCUGGUAUGAUCAGUGUCCUGACACCUAAAGUGACUGCUGGAUGGCUCUUCAGUGGAGGUGGCAAAGUUGUCAUUCUUUGCUGCCUUCAGCACUACUUGGCAGGCAGAAUUAUGUAAACUACCAAGCACUCGGUCAGCUUUAGUACAAGUUUCCUGCCUUCACUCUGGUCAUCUACCAACCGCCGCAGCUCAGUAAACAAGGUGCAGAGCAGACUCUGCGACAUCAGAGGGGACUCCUGGGAGAGCAAUCGUGUCAAUAUCCCAUCUCACUGCACCACCCCACGGUGAGACCCAGGCUUUGACUGUAUCACCAACUCCAUCCACUGGAAACCCACACCGUCCCAGCCUGCCAAGCAUUCAGGAAUCUACUAGGUUCCAUUAAUCUCUGGGGGCAGACCAUAGAAUUGCUCUGCAACCCCUGCAGAGUGGGUCUGCUGCCCAAAGUUCAUAUGUUCUGGCCAUGACAACAGGGUUACCAUCAUCCUUCCUAUAUCCUCACCAUCCCUCUCCCUGCUAAGAGUGAACCCUAAAUCAAGUGUAUGUUGGGAUGAGCAGAUGGCAAUGUGAGGCUUUCCAUGGAGGCCAUGAAAUCCUGAGCUGGCCCUGAAAAGUACCCAUGACGAUAGCUUGGUGAUGGAGCAUUAUCUGCUUGUAGCAGUUAGGCUGUGCUAGCAUUGCUUCAGAAAACAGUAUUAAAAAGCACUGUAAAUGACUGGCAUGAUAGACUGUGGCUGAGAAGUUCACCUAGGAAAUCCACUCAGCUAUAGGACUUGAGAAGGAAAUUUUAAAAAAUGAAAAAUCAGAAUUCAUUUAUUAACUUGGUUAAUAGCAUGAGGAAAUCCCAGCUAGCAACCUUCAGCCCUUCUAGAAAAAGGCAGGGAAGAUGGGUUUGUUCUCCUCAAAGCUUUACCUAAACUCUGAGGGAUGAGGGACAUAGUUGGCACCCUCCUGGUGUUGUAUUAAACUAGGAUUUCAUUUUAAACCAGGUAUUCUUUUUAAAAAAUGAUACACAGUAGUGUGUGUGUUUGUAUGUGUAUGGUUUUGAAUCAGUUUUGAUUCAGCCUACUGCUAUGACUUAACUAACUUGUUUUGAGUCCUGCAAACAUGUUUGAUGUUCUGCAAAAGGAAAUAUCUGCUUUGUUUUUGAUGCAGAUGUGUGACAAGCCAAGUGAGGGGAAGGGCAGGUUGAACCAAGCCUGGUGUUGCUGGAGUCUUGUUACCUAGGCUGCUUCUUGACCUGACUUCUGUGUUUUGUUUCCAGGAUGGCUUCUGGGGACUCCAGUUCCCUGCACACCAUUCACAGUGCCCUGCAGGAGUGUUUCCGUGCUCUCCAGGAGCAACACGAGGCUUGGAAGAGAGUGCUAGCUGCCUGCACACCUCUUCUCAGUUCCUUGGCCAACCUGGCUGAGCAGAUGCAGGCCUCCCAGAAGGUCUCCUUUGCCAACACCCCCUUGCGAGACUUCCCAGAUCUGCCAGAGAGGCUGAGGCACAAGCAGCAAUGUGCCAUGGAGGCUUUGCUGGAGGUGCUGCAGCAGGACCACCUGUAAGGGCAUCUGCUUUGCAUUGUGGGUAGGGCAGAGGGGAGGGGGAAUUGCAGCUCUCUGGGUCAUUCACAGUGUGAAAAAAGUUCACGUCAAAAUUAUUUGGUAGGAGGCAGUUUUUUGCAGGCAUGAACAAUUCUAUAUUAUUACUCUAUAACUUAAAACUGUGGCAUCUUAAAAGUACAUCUAAAUUUAUUUGGGUUAGUGUCAGAUCUUAAGUUAAUUGAACUUAAUUCCCAUUGAAAUAAGUAAGUUCAGCUGACUUUGUCUAGCUCCAGUUAGUUAUUUAUGUAGCACUUUCGCAGUUAAAAAAAGUAGUUUCAUGUUUUUACUUAUUUUCAUAAUAGCAGCCCACAUGGGGUAGCUCAGACUGGCUUCCCUUGGCUCUACCCAGUGAGCUGCCCAAGCUCAGCUCACCAUUCCCAUUGCAACAGUUUGAAUUUAGGUAAGACCUUUGUUCAAAUUAGCAACGUUUGCCUUUUGCUUAAGUUGUCUACACAGCUUUUAGAGCAGGCAUAGGCAAACUCGGCCUUCCAAAUGUUUUAAGACUACAGUUCUCAUCAUCCCUGAGCACUGGUCCUGUUAGCUAGGGAUUAUGGGAGUUGUAGUCCCAAAACAUCUGAAGGGCCGAGUUUGCCUAUGCCUGUUUUAGAGAAUCAGCCAAAAAUUUCACAUCUCCAACCUGAGCUUGGGCAGCAGAGAUGCGCAGGCCAGAUUCUCACCCCGUCUUAAACUUGUGCAAGGCCCUUCAGACAAGAUGGCGGAAGUGCAAACAAGAGAGAAUGUAACAAUGUAUGAUGAAAGCCAGUAUUAGCACACUUAAAAUGAACCAGUAGUUUCUCUGGGUGAUUGAUCUCUAUGGAAACCACCCCAGAGUGUGACAUGAGUGGUCUUUGUUUUAUGUAGAAUGGAGCUCCAGAAGGUGAGGGAUACUGUUGGGGUCUGUGUGGACAGCGUUUUCCGGCUCUGUGAGCAGCCAGGAGAUGGCCUAAGCCUGGAGACGACCUUCCAGCGCUCUGCAUCAUGCCCCUCAUUGGCAGACAUGCUGGAGUGGCUUCUGGAUGUUGAAGAAUUUUACCACCGUGUGUAUCCUUUGAAAGAGUUCUGCAUCUGCAAGGUCCUCCUGUUCUCCAGAAACAGACCUUAAUUAAAAUACUUAUCUAUGCAGCCUUUAUGUCUGUCUUGAAAAAGACCCCCAAGAUAGCUAACAGUUCAGUUUAGCAAUAAACACUGAAACACAAGCCAGUAAAAGAAAACAACAUUAGCACACCAGAAUCCUUGUUGCCUCCAGCUCUGGAUAAGAUGCCUCACUGUUGAUUCAGUUGUCACUUGUGAGAGUUGCAGGGCCCCAGCCCCAAGGCCAUUCUCCCACAACUUUUCAAGCUGUGCAAGUGUGGAGGAGGCAGGUUUCGAGCCUUCUGCUCCCAGAAACACUCUCCUUUCCUUCCAUGGAGUUCAGCUCUUCUCAUCGCCCCUGAAAAGCUCCUGUUGAGAGCAUCUGGCAAGAUGUAAAUUUACCAAAUAAUCCUGUGCUGGACUGCUCUCAUUUGCCCCUCUGAUUUGUGUAGCUUGAAAUGAGUCUCUGUCAUUCCACUUUGAGCUGGCUGCUUAUCUGUCCUUAACACCUGAAAAGAUACUUGGGGCUCAAGUUUCUCCUCCUUCAGGUCAGCUACACGAACCUGAUGGAGAUGCAAGCUCUUCCAAAGGCCUGGGAGCAGGUGCUACAGCAGGGCCUCCAAAACACAGCAGAAGGUAAUGACACCAAUGUGGAACAUGUCUUUGGCGAUGAGGUGGGGUCAGUAGCAGACACAAACCCUCAGCUUCUAGUAGCUGGAUAGAGGUAUAGUACCAUGAAUAUGGAGGCUUCAUGUUUGGGUAUCUUAAAUGUUAAUACUGGGAGAGUGUUCAGUGCACCUUCACGUACACUGCCUUGUUGUGAUCCUUACACCAUUCCUGCAACAUAAGGCAGUGAGCUAGUGUUGAUGCAGGGCAAGGGUUCAUGGCAGAGGUAAGAUUUUGAUGGGAAAGUCUUAGUCACUGGUUAAUAGACACCAACAGGCCAUCAUUUGUGAACAGGUGCACAAACUGAACCAAUAUUGCCCUAUAGAAAACGACAGUCCUUUGCACCUGCAGUAUCCCUGCUUUGAAGUUUUACCCAUGACCUGUUCCUCACAAAGAGCCCUCUUCUGAUCUGUCUCUCAGAAGUGUUGCUGAAAGUCUCCUUCUUUCUGGAAGCUGUGUGAGGACAUGGAACUUGCUCAUCUUCCCAAGAGAGGCCAGCUUUCCUGGGACAGCUCACCACCAUGUGAAGAGGCCCAGACCUUAAACAGGGCUGCUUUUUGUUCGGAUGGAGCUUCCCAGCCCUGCAGUCAGAAAAUGCACAAUUCUGGAUCCUGCUCUGUGUGGGGACCUGGGCUGGUGCUGGCCCUCAGAUUUGAAAUGAAGAGUAUGUGAAAAAGUAUCUGGUUAUCAUUCCUUAUUGAGCCACAUGCCACCAUUUCUGGUAGGCGCCUCUUUGUAAAUUAAACUUGAUGUCACACCCUUGGAGUGCAAAAUGUCCCUUUUCUUGUUGUGCCCGUAGCUGUCCAGAGUGGAGCAGCUGCAAGAAGCAUAGCCUGGGUCAGGGUCUGUGGGCUAGUUUCUCCAGAAGAUCAACCAGGUGUCCCUUUUUCCAAGAAUAGAUGCACGUAGCCUGGCUGAAUAUGUAUUUAGCCACAACAAAGAGGCAACAUUUCUACAUACUCUAAUGACAGUUGGUCAUGGCACCAAACAGAGGAGAAGUAAUGUGCAUCAUUUAAGUGGUGCUCAGAAACGAGUGUAAAAUAUAAGUGUUGGUGAACUGAUUUGGAACAGUGACCACAGUGCUAUCAAAUUCAACAGAUGGGAAAGAAUGUCUAAGAUGGAAGAAGGUCAAUAUAGCAAUGCUGUUAUAAAAAUCUAUGGUGCAGUUGCACCAUAUGCAUAAAUGGAAAAGGUUCAGAAAAAGGCUACCAUAAUGAUCAAGGGGAUGUAACAGCUGCCCUAUGAGGAACAGUUACAAUAUUUGGGGCAUUUUACUUUGGAAAAAAGGCAAGUAAGGGGUCUGGGGGAACUUGGGACCAUCCAACAAAGCUGAAUGUUGGAAGAUUCAGGAUGGAAAAAGAAAGUACUUCACACAGCAUAUAGUUAAGCUAUUGAAUUCAUUGCCAUAAGAUGUAGUAACGGCCACCAAAUUGGAUAGCUUUAAAAGAGAAUUAGACAAUCCGUGUCUCCUAGCCAUGAUGGUUAUGUUUUACCUCUACUGUCAGAUGCACUAUUGCUCUGAAUACCAGUUGCUAGAAUCACAAGUGGGAAGGGUGCUAUUGCAUGCAGGUCCUGCUUUGGCGCUUCCUGUGGGCAUCUGGUUGGUCACUGUGAGAACAGGAUGCUGGACUGAAUGAACUCCCUUUGACCUCUUAGAGUUUUAGGAAUUGCCUUGCAGGAGUUGUUAGGAGCAAAGAUGAAAAGGGUUGUGCCUUAUCCCUCCCACAGCUUUCCCCCACUUUUGGUGGAAGUUCCGUUCCCCUUGAGAAGCAGGCUUGAGCAGUCAGCUACUGUAAAUCAGUUUUGUAUGUAUUACUUCAGUAAUACUGUUAAAUUGCAAAGUGUUCUGUCCCAACAGCCCUGUGAAGAAGGUUGGUAAUAUUUCCGUUUCUAUACUGUGACAUCACUGUAUCUAUGGAAGGAAACUAUUCAGCUUUUAAAGUGUUUGUGACUGUAUAACAAAAUGUGAUUGAGUUCUUACUGCUUCCCUGCAUGCUGUGUGUCCACUUGAGGGCGCUUGCAGACCUUCCUACAGAGGGAGCGGCUGGGGCAAAGCAAAACCCUUUGCCUCUCUUGCUUGGCAUAUUAGGUCAGUGGUUGUUCCUCAUUUCAUACUCUGGUAUUUUAAACAGCCCUGCUGCGCACCUGCUAGAGGAAGAUCCCACCUCUGCGCAACAGGAAAAAUCGCCUGCCUUCAAAUAUAAUUGGUCUAUUUUAUUAUUUAUAACACUUUAUUGUGAAUUGUCUUGAAAGCUGGGAUGAAAGUCAUUACAAUAGCAUUGUAACAUUACAAUAGCAUUGUAAACUCACCCUGGUUUUAUUCUACCUCCUCUGUGCUUGUUUCUCUUUUUGCAUUUCUUAAAAGGCUCCUAAAAACUUCUUAAAAUUAAAUAGCCCAGUGCUUUUAGCUCCUGGUCCUCCUUUACUGCAUUUUCCAUCUCUUUUCUUUUUACCAAAUGCAUUUUUAUCACCCCAUGUGAUAAUACUUAAAAAACACUAAGCAGCUUGGAGUGGGUGAUGGCAGCAGAAGGUUUACCAUCGCGCACAAACACACCCUUGCUGCCUCCAGGAGUGAGCAGUGCAGGGCUCCAGCAGGACACGUGACCAGCAGGUGCCUUUGAUCCCCCCCAUCUGGGCAAUCUGCGUCAAAGCUGUGCAUUCCUACGGUCAUCUGGUGCUUGUGCUUGUUACCCACAAAACACCUGUCACUGUUAACAUUGCACGGCUCUACUAAUGUAGUGUUUCUGGCUGGAAAUGGUGAUGGAUGGGUUUGAGGCAACACACAUUAAGGCAGCCCAAGAGCAUCCUGCACAUCUGCUGCAAGGAGUUGUAGAGGAGCUUCCCUGCAUUUGGUGUUGCGGCUGUUGAAGCGACGAGGUGUACUUCUGCCUCUUGUGCUCAGAGCAUCAGCUCUCCCACUGCCUGAGUCUGGACUUGGCUGUAGCUUUCUCUUUUCCAUGUGGCCUCCAAAUAAAUCAGUCAGAAGAGCAGCCUAUUGCAGCAAAGGCAACAAGAAGCUGAAGAAUGCAAGAAGUGGCUGUUGAAGUUGGAGGGUCUACAGACUCUGAAGCUAGAGCAGGGUUUCCCAAACUUGGGUCUCCAGCUGUUUUUGGACUACAACUCCCAUCAUUCCUAGCUAGCAGGACCAGUGGUCACAGAUGAUGGGAACUGUAGUCCAAAAACAGCUGGAGACCCAAGUUUGAGAAACCCUGAGCUAGAGAAAGGGAAAAGGGGCUUCUCUUUCUAUGUAUCUGCCCCAAAUGCUUUCUGUCCAUCUUCACGCAUCCUGCAGAAAUAUGUCCUUCAGGCCAGUUGUGAGCAUGGCUGUGUCAUAGUAGCAAACAUGCUUAGCUUGCAUUCUCCUUUGCUUUGGUGGAUCUGGCAGGGUUUAUCACAUUUGCCAGCAGUGCAUGGAAAUGGCAGCCUUGUCACAUUUCUGGGGCCAAGCCCACAGCUGACAUUUCUGGAUCGAGCCCCACCCCACACAAUCGCUCUGGGGCGAUGUCACCCAAGGAAUCAUUUGUGAUUUCUACUGGAGGGCCUUUUGGGGAGUGGAGGUUGCCUGAGAGGUGCCACUCACCCCAGCAGAGCAAAAGCCAAGCCCGUCUCAGACUGCACCCAGCUGCGGACCUGAAACCAAUUAGGCAGGGCAGUGUGCCUUUCCGAGGCAGUAACCCAAAACCGUCACACACAUUAGGCUGAGAUGGACGUUGAGAAGCGGUUGGAAUUCAUUACAGAGCAAAACACACAACUUGUGGCGCUGAAAUAGAACCAUCAGGUUCCGCUCAUACGACCCCUUCACAUCAGAGAACUUAAUAGAAUUAUCCCAUCAGGGGACAUUUGUUGAAGGUCAAUUUAUUAAAGACAAAUGGAAUCUUAUAAAAACAGCAGAGUCUUGUGGCACUUUAGAGACUAAUUAAUUAUGGUGUAAGCCUCUAUAUGCCAUAAGAAGGCACUUUGUUGGUUUUUGCGGCAAUGGGCUGACACAACUAUUCUGUCCUUCUGGAAAUGCCAAAAUGUGGUUUGUUCCAGAGUGGCUGGAAAGGGCCAGCUGGGAAGAUGGGAUUUUGAAUGGACCCCUCAGAACAGGCAUUCCUAACCUUCGGCCCUCCAGAUGUUUUGUACUACUAUUCCCAUCAUCCCUGACCACUGGUCUUGUUAGCUAGGAAUCAUGGGAGCUGUAAGCCAAAACAUCUGGAGGGCCGCAGGUUGGGGAUGCCUGUCUCAGAAUAAAGGAACCCCAAAGAGCCACUCUAAGCCACCUUCUUGGAUGAAUGAGAAGAUUAAGCUGCCUUACUGUGAAUAAGGCCAUCUAGGUUAGUUUUCUUUACUCUGGCGGUGGCAGCAGCAGACCCUCAAGGACUUGGGCAGAGGGAGGCCUUUUCCAGCACCUGCUAUUGAUUCUCUUUAAGUCCAGUUGCUGGUUCUGGACUGGGAAGGUCCUUUGCAUUCUUGGUGUGCAGGAGGAGAACGGUGCCAUUUUGACCAGGGACAUCUGUGUGGUGAGCUGAGCUUCCUUUUUGUUCCACCCAUCUCUCCCCUUUCCUCCCUGGAGCACCCAACCCACCAGAGUACUGAAAUAGGUCAUGCUCCUUGUUUGACUGAGUCCCACCAGAAAGCCAUUGGGGGAAACGGAGAACGAAGCCUUGGUUUGUGCAGGAUUUCUGAUGCUACGCAUGCCCACGAGGUGCUUUCUCACAGCCUGCCACAAGGUGGAGACAUCCUGGCUGUUCCUUUGCAGUUUUGCUCCUUGCCCAAAGGCAGCUGCAUGUGGGCUGGCUGAAGGCCCAACAGCGGAGAAGGGAGAAGAAUUAGAUCUCAUUUAAGCCCACUUUGGUUGUAAAUAAACUAUAAUCACUUCAAAUGUUUUGCUUAAUAAGGAAAGGAUGUUAACCAUUAGGCAAACACUCAGCGAGCCCGUUACUGCCAGACUGGAGAUACCAAAGGGGAAGGCGAUUCAACCCAAGCUGUUAAAACAAACCAUUUGCGGGUCUGCAAAAGGCGGGUUUGUAUUUCUUUAGAUCUGGCCCCUUUCCGGGUCCAAAUAAUCAAAAUUCGCAUUGGGGAUGGAGGGGAGAGGAGAGUUAGUAUCACUUCUGUAAUGCCCCAAGGGAGAAGAGCUGCACAAACCAGGAUCUGCUCAUAAAGAACUGCUGAUUCCCCCUUUCCCCACUUCUGUGGCAAUUCCGUACCUCUCCCAUCCCAAAAGCCUUUCACUAAGAACUUUAGUCCGGCUCACAAAUGGGGGCAGAUGACUUGCAAGGGUGAAUGAUGCCAUUGCAUUAGGUUGUGACAGAGGGAGAGAACGGAAGGAGGGCUGCUGCUCCACGGACUCUGCUGAGAGACUAGGUCUCUGGCUCUUCCUCAGCCAUUACCCAAGAGCAUCCACUGUGUCAGGUUGCAGCAGUGUAAGAGAUGGGAAGCAGGGCUACUUUGCUGGCUCUGCUGAGAGACCAGCUGCCUUUUGGCUCUCCCUCAUCGCCUAGUGGCAGCCAUUCUGCCAGGCUGCAGAAGAAAGGGAACGAAGGGAAGCAAGGCCACUCCACUGGUUCUACUUAGAGAUUUGGCUACUUUUCUGCCUCUGAACUGACCUAUCCCAGCUGGUCCAUGUCGGUACUUCGUAACUGAGAACUGGUGCUUGACUUUGCUUUUCUCCCUCUCUCCCUCCGCCUUUGCUUGUGUUGUGUCCUUAAGGACAGGAACUGGUGUUUGUUGUUGAUCUGUAAGCCACUCUGGGAGCCCUUUUUGGCCGAAGAGUGAGAUAAAAAAAAUCUUUAAAUAAAAUAAUCAACUAUACUGUAUUUCUCACAUACAUGUGUGCUGCAUGUGUGCACUCGAAAGCAUGCAAAGGGGAGCUGUUUGCAACCGGGGAAUGAGAAUUUCAGUGGCUGCUGGGAAGAUCACCUCCAGGACUUGUCUACUGCCACACUGAGCAAUGACCCUUCCAGAGUUGUCUUCUUCCUCCAUCCCCUUCUCCUCCUCCAUCUCUGCUGGUCUUUUUCCAUCUGGCCAGCAAGAGGACCGGCUGACUCAUAGCUGCUUCAGCGGAAAGUACCCAAGAGACCCUUGACCUGUGGGUGCUGCAAGACAUCCUGCUCAGGACGCCUGGAGACAAUCGUGGGUGGUGGUGGUAAUUUUUUAUGGGCUUCUAUUAGACCCAAGAUUUAACUUUGGUUGUAUGGUUUUUUUUCCUGUUUUUGUGAUUCUGUUUUUGUAUUUUGUUGUAAGACAUCAUUAUAAGGGGUUUAUUUAAUUUUAUUGAAUAUUUUUUGAGAUGCUUUCAUUAACGCUUAAAUUUUGUUACAUUUCAUAACUCAGUGAAUUAUGUAAUUUUUUCCUUGCAAACUGCCUUGGCCAUAGUUUACUAUGGAAAAGUGGCGUACAGAUAAGUUAUGAUGUUGAUGAUGGAACAUUUGGCACUUCCAGGCAGAUUUGUUUCUUUUUGCACAUCAAAGGGAAACAUUUUUCCUUCCUUCCAGUGUUGCCCAUGGAUUGCCACUACUUUGUUCUUCUCUGACCCUUCCACCCACCAGCAUGAAGGGGCAAUUGGCUUUUCCCCAUAAGAGUCCAGGCACUAUAACUGUCUCAUCCAUAGGUGUGUGAGUGAUCAGGGAUCUCAUAGUUGCCAUGGUCUGACUUUAAUGGGAUGCGUUGCUCAUUCCCCAGAACAGAUUGCAGGCAAGGACAGAAAGAUGCUGUGAGGACCUCUGCCAACUCUCUUGACUUGGGUGAAAUAAGCCAGUUGCACAAGUAGAGAAGAUCAAUAACAGCUGUAGAAAAAGCCAAGAACAGCAGCAAAUAGAUAUGGUUCUCAACAUUUUUUGAGGAAACCAUUCAAGCAGCAUGUUUUGUUGAGCUGGAGUAGAAAAAAUUUCCCCAAGCAGUUUUUACAAGAAGCAUCCAGCAUUUCCCUUAACAAAAGAGCGUUCUCGAAACGCUUUGAGGACCAUGUCCAUUGGGCAGCUGCCUCUCCUGUUGCUGUUUUUCUGGGCUGAUGAAGCAACGAACAUGUGGUAGCGAUUGGCGCCUGCUACUUUCUCUGACAUCAUGACUGAGGGUUAGAGUUGAGCCAGAAGCCUGGGAGAAAGAAGGGGGCAUUUUGGAGUUGCCGGGGGGAGGGGGUUGGAAUCCUGGACUCUGAUUACAAAAUGUUAUUUAUGAAGUGGUGAGCUCAUGAGCAGCCCAGAUACUGCCAAAUUUAAAGGUUUUUUCAUCUAACAGAAUGAACAUAAUUUUAACAUGAAUAUCCAAGCAAAGACCCAUGGAUUCUGGACAGCUUUAUGGACACAAGCAAUAAAUUCUGUGCUCAAGAGCCUCUGCAAGUUGAGUGAAUUGGUGGUAAAAUGACAAAUGCAGUUCAAUGUAAAGAAGUGCAAAGUGAUGUGUGUUGGGCCAAAAAAAAUGUUAAUUUCAUAUAUGCACUUCUAGGAUCUGAACUGGACGUGACUUACCAGGAGUCAUAGUGGAUAGCUCCGUGAAGAUGUUGGCCCAGUGUGUAGCAGUUGUGGAAAGGACAAAUUCUGUGCUAGAGAUAAUUAGGAAAGGAAUUUAAUAUAAAACUGCCCGUAAUGCUGUUAUGCAAAACUAUGGUGCAGCCACUUUUGAAACGAACUGUGUACGUUUGUGGUGGCCUCAUCUCAAAAAGGAUAUUGUAGAGUUGGGAAAGGUUCAGAAAAGGGUACAAAAAUGAUCAAAGAGAUGGAGCAACAUCCUUGUGAGGAAAGGUUGCAGUAUCUGCCACCAGGAAUUUUAGAGAAAAGGUGAAUAGGACAUGACGUGAUGAAAGUUUAUAUAAUUAUGCGUGGCAUGGAUGAAACGGGUAGAGAGAAGUCCCCCUCCCCAAUAGCAUUAGAACUUGUGGACAUCCAGUGAAGUUGAAUAUUGGAAAUUCAAGACAGAUAAAAGAAAGUACUUCACGUAGCUCAUAGUUAAAAUAUGGAUCCGCUCCCACGGUAGGCAGUGAUGGGUACCAACCUGUAUGGCUUUACAAGAAGAUUAAGGAAAUUCAGGGAGAAGAGGGCUAUCAAUGGCUGCUUGCCAUGAUGAUUAUGCUUCUUCCACAGUUGAAAACAGCAAUGCUUCUGACACUGGUGGAGGAACAGGAGUGCGGGAGAAGCACAUCGCCCCCGGCGGCAUGAUCCCGGUGGGGUGCCAUCACGGUUCCCCCUCCCCCACUGGGCACCAUGUCCCUGCAGGCGGUGCGCCACACCCCCAGGACGUGUGUCAAACCCCCGUGGGCGGUGCACCAUGCCCCCAGGGCGCAUGCCAGCCACGCCCCUGCCUGCUCCCCGCCCCCCCCGCCAGAGCUUGAAGCUCCGCCACUGGCUUCUGAUUACCUGUUGCUGGAAACCACAGUUGGGGAGAGUGUUCUUAUGCUGGAGUCCUGCUUGUGGGUUUUCCAAAAGAGGCCUCUGGUUGGCUACUUUGAGAACAGGAUGCUGGACUAAAUGGGCCAUUUGCCUGGUCCAGCAGGCUCUUCUGUUACGUGAUGUCGCUGGGCUCACUGACCAGAUGCUUGUGCAGCCCACCGCUAUAGAUGCUGCUGUCCAAAUGCCAACAAGUGCAGAAGCCAGCAGGGGAAAUAUUGUGUGAAUGCAAUGACACCUGAAGAAAUGUGAGGACACCUAAAUCCCUCAAUUGCUAAGGAAAGACACUGCAUUUAUUGCACAGUAAAGCAAUUUGUCUGUGCGGAGGUUCUGCCAUGUCAGUUCUCACAAGGCCUGAGUGUAAGCAAGAGACUGGUUUCUGUGAUGCUCUUUUGUACAUCCCUGCAGAGGAGUCUCAUAGAAGGGAGGGGAAGCUCAUCCUGUACAGAUUCCCCCCCUUUGCUUUCCUUUUUGAAAAACGUGGCUUGCA